AUUCUCUUUUAUUCAAAAUACGAGGGAAAAAAAAAUGAGGCAAGACGCAUUUUAGAAUUCUGUGCUGUUGGGUUCUUUCCUUCGCACAUAAUAUUGUAUUAUUUUUCUUUUUUUUUUUUCAAAAAAAAAAAACUUGCGUCGAAAGACUUGCUCCUUCUUGAACGUGGGAAAGCAUCGGUGACAGCCAAUGAACUGUUUAUGACUGCUGCUUUCAGCUUGUGCAAGAAAGGAAUGGCACUGUUAUCUUUGGUUUGGUUCCUUUGUAGAUCGGUGACCGCCAAUUAAGUGUUUGUGACUGCAGCUUUCACCUUGCACAAGAAAGGAAUGGCACUAUUAUCUUCGGUUUGUUUCUUUGGUGGAAGAGGUGUAAAUUAGGCAGUUGCCCCAAUAUCCUUGUUUCGCAUGGGAACCCUUUUAUUCUUUAGCUUUCAAAAUGCCAUUUGAUGCCAGCUUUUUGUCUUCUCAAGCCAAUUUUAUGACAUUUGCAAUAAUUCCAAGCAACUGAUUUUCUUGCCUCUGAAGCAAUGAAAAUAAAAUAUAAUUUAACUUAGAUGUUUGAGAGAUCAUUGUUUCAGAUUUUUAAGGAGGCAAUUGAGUGAAACUAAAUCAAGGCAGUCUGGUGUUUGUUUCGUCAUCUGUGUUAAAACUCUUUUGUGCGGUUAGGAGCAAUGGCGAGAGCAAACUGGGUUAUUGAGGUCAAUGAAAAGCUUGAGAACGUGAUGAAUAUUGAUAAUUCCAUGGAGGAAGAGCGCUGGAAGAAACGUGCAAUCUACAAAUUACCUGCAUGCGUCACAGACCUGAACAAGAAAGCCUACAGGCCUCAGGCAGUAUCUUUCGGUCCUUAUCAUCACGGGGAAGAUCAUCUGAAGACAAUGGAGGAGCACAAGCAUCGAGCCCUCCUUCAUUUUCUAAAAAGAGCAAAUAAGCCUUUACAAGUUUUUAUUGAAUCUUUAACUGAUGUGGUGCAGAUUUUAAAAGACUACUACUAUCCGCUUGAUAUGUCUUGGCAAGAAGAUACAGCUAGAUUUCUGCAAAUGAUGAUUCUUGAUGGCUGUUUCCUGUUGGAGAUCUUACGCAUAGGUACUCAUACAUUGGAUGACUAUGCUCCCAAUGAUCCAAUUUUUAGCAGUCAUGGGAAAUUAUAUAUCAUGCCAUAUAUCAUGCGUGACAUGCUGAUGCUUGAAAAUCAGUUGCCAUUGUUGGUUCUUGACAAGCUGAUAGCCGUUGAAAGCGGUAAAGAAAAGGAUGAAGAGUUUGUCAACAAUUACAUCGUCAAGUUCUGCUUUCCUAAUGAUCCUGUCUCAAGCCUAGGUAAGUGCUUGCAUCCACUGGAUGUGUACAGGAAGAGCUUGCUUCAAAAAAAUGUUGGUAAGGAAAAGCGUCGCAGCAGAUCACGAAGUAGACGCCAUAAAGAAGGUAGUAACAUUAUCCGGUCAGCAACAGAGCUCAAUGAAGCUGGAAUCCGGUUCAAGAAAAGUAAAACUAGAAGCUUAAAAGACAUCUCAUUCAAAGGUGGAGUCCUAAGGCUUCCAGUAAUUGUGGUGGAUGAUGCAACUGAGUCAAUCUUUUUGAAUUUGAUAGCCUUUGAGCGCUUCCACGUUGGUGCAGGCAAUGAGGUGACAUCCUACGUCUUUUUUAUGGACAACAUCAUUGACAGUGAGAGGGAUGUUGCCGUCCUGCACUCCAGAGGGAUCAUCCAGAACGCUAUUGGAAGUGACAAAGCUGUCGCUAAACUCUUCAAUUCUCUCUCUAAGGAUAUUACUCUCGACCCAAAUAGCAGCCUAGAUUAUGUGCAUAAGAAGGUCAAUGCCUACUGCAAGAAGGCUUGGAACGAGUGGCGUGCCAACCUCAUUCACACCUAUUUCAGAAAUCCCUGGGCCAUGCUGUCUCUUAUUGCUGCAAUCUUCCUUUUCGCCCUCACUAUUGUUCAAACUGUGUAUACUAUUUAUCCCUACUACCAUAAUAAUGAAUCCCCAUCACCCCCUCCUAUUGUGGUUUCCCCUACACCCUCUCCUCCGGUGCCCUCUCCUCCUCCGCUUUCUUCAAAACCACCUUCACCUCACCCCCGCCAUUGAUUCCCAUCAUUCUGUUGGUGAAUCCUAUUGUUUUUCAUGGCCAAGUAUUGCUCUUUUGCUUGAUUGAGUCUUUUUUUUUUCUUCAGUAUUUUCUGUUAUCAAUAAUAUUUGCAUUGAAUAUGCAUUUAUUUGCUGUUACAAAAAAUAUGAUUUGUUGUUGCAAAAGAAUGAGCCUGAAGAUAAGUUUUGUUUUGAUUUGCUAGCAAUUGUUUCGAUUUUAUGAGAUUUUUAUGCAGUUUGUUAUAUUUUGAGCUAUAUAAACACCAAGUUUGAUCAAUCAAAUUUCAUAGACCAUGUUAGUCUCAUUAUAUGCCUCUAUAUCUUUCCUUUAAAAAAAAAAAACUAACAGUUUGUGACCUUUCCCUUCCUACUUGAUUUA